CAUUAAUUUCCAAAGAUGGAGAAAGCAGCAGAGGUAACGGAGCAGAAAAAGUUGGCAAACAAAUCAUCAUCAGAAGUCAAGAUCAAUCACGUAAUAUGGGACUGUGGGAGUUCGCUGUACGAUUCGUUUGAGUUGAAAGCGUUCGAGAAACAGCUGGAUUCAGCCAUAGCUUCAAGAACCCUUUCAAUGCCCCAUUUAUCAGGUCGCCGUCCUCCUCCUCCGCCGCCUCCGACCAAGAAACCCGCCUCGAAGAUUUCCCGCUCUCUCCACAGGCUGAUCCGGGCUGUUUUCCGGCCCAAAAGCAGUAGCAAUAUGAACAACGUCGACGCGGUUCUUGGAAGAGGGUUUUAUGACAGGUCGGGCCCGCUUUCCACGAUUCCAGAAAGCCCGGAAUUCGACGGGGUGUCGCCGGAAAUCAUGAGGUCUUUGGUCAGAAGAACCGCGUCGGAUAGGUUUACGGCUGCCGCUUCUAUUGGUGUAUCUUGUUCCUGAUGAUUAGGGCAUGUUUGGUUGCUUGUUUAGUUAUAUAUGUACAGGUGUC